AUGUCCGACCCACAGGCGCUGGAGUCCCCUGCUGUCAUUUUUGACAGUGGCUCCGGGCUCUGUAAGGCAGGGCUGUCUGGGGAGAUUGGGCCCCGGCAUGUCACCAGCUCCGUCGUGGGACACCCGGAGCUCAAGAUGGCCUCAGCGGGAGCCAACCAGAAGAAAUAUUUUGUUGGGGAGGAAGCCCUGUACAAUCGGGACACUCUGCGCCUGCACUCGCCCAUCGAGCGGGGCCUGGUCACCAGCUGGGACAAUGUGGAGAAGCUCUGGAGACAUCUCUUCGAGUGGGAGCUGGGCGUGAAGCCCAGCGAGCGCCCUGUGCUCAUGACGGAGCCCUCCCUGAACCCCAGGGAGAACCGAGAGAAGGCAGCAGAGGUGAUGUUUGAGACCUUUGAGGUGCCCGCCUUCUACCUGUCAGACCAGGCGGUGCUGGCGCUCUACGCCUCGGCGUGCGUCACGGGCCUGGUGGUGGACAGCGGGGACGGGGUCACCUGCACCGUCCCUAUCUUUGAGGGUUACUCCCUGCCUCACGCCGUCAGCAAGCUUUACCUGGCUGGCAGAGACAUCACGGAGCUCCUCACACGGCUCCUCCUGGCCAGCGGGAGAGCCUUCCCAUGCCCUCUGGAUAAGUCCUUGGUGGAUGACAUCAAGGAGAAACUCUGCUAUGUGGCCCUGGAGCCCGAGGAGGAGCUCUCUCGGCGGACAGAAGACGUCCUGAGGGAGUACAAGCUGCCCGACGGGAACAUCAUCUACAUCGGAGACCAGCUAUACCAGGCUCCUGAGGUCCUGUUCUCGCCAGACCAGCUGGGCACCCAUGGCCCAGGGCUGGCACAGAUGGCAUCCAACAGCAUAGCCAAGUGUGACACUGACAUACAGAAGACGCUGUUCGGGGAGAUCGUGCUGUCCGGGGGCUCCACGUUGUUCCAGGGGCUGGACGACAGGCUCCUAAAGGAACUGGAGCAGCUGGCUUGCAAAGGGGUCCCCAUCAAGAUCACGGCGCCGCCAGACCGCUGGUUCUCCACGUGGAUCGGCGCCUCCAUUGUCACGUCUCUGAGCAGCUUUAAGCAGAUGUGGAUCACGGCCGCAGACUUCAAGGAGUUUGGGGCGUCGGUGGUCCAGAGACGGUGUUUCUGA